AUGGAUUAUAACAACUGGAAACAUCGAGCGAUAGAAGUGGAGCCCUCGUUACGAAUCGCAUAUAUCGAUUGCCCAUCCCAAACCAAAAGACCAGAACGAGGCGUUAUAUUGCUUAUACACGGGUUUCCUCAAACAUCAUACCAAUUCCGCCAUGUAAUUGGUCCUUUCUCAAGGGCGGGAUACCGCGUGCUAGUCCCUGACUACCGCGGUGCGGGGGGCUCUUCUAAACCCGUUACUGGAUUUACUAAAGCCAUUAUGGCACGCGACCUCGUCCGUCUACUCACCGCGCUUGAGAUCCAUGAGCCGGUUCACGUUAUCGGCCAUGAUAUAGGCGGCAUGAUUGCAUUCGCGAUGGCGGCGAAACAUCCAUCGCGUGUAGCGAGUGUCAAUUGGGGAGAAUGCCCUUUGCCGGGGACCUCUGUGCAUACAGAAGAUCGCACCACGCACGCGGUCCAGCAGUUCCACUUUAUCUUCCACAGUGUGCCGGACUUACCUCUAGCACUGGUAGCGGGCCGCGAGCGCAUCUACCUAUCCCACUUUUUCCAAAAACUCGCCUACAACACUGCAGCAAUCAAAGAGGAAGACCUCGACCACUACGUCCGGUGUUAUGAACAGCCAGGAGCUAUGAGAUGUGCCUUCGAAGUGUAUCGCGCAUUCGAGCAAGACGCUAAAGAGUGCGAGGAGUGGAUAUCAUCAUAUGGAAAGCUCAGUCUCCCAGCUCUUUGCAUGAGCGGGGAUCAGAGCAGACAUCUAGACGACGCUGCGAAAAUGUUCGCCGAGGUGCACCAAAGGGGAACGUAUGAGGUCGUUGCUAUCCCGGAAUCGGGACAUUACAUCGCGGAGGAGAAUCCCGAAAUGUUUGUUGCGGAGGCGUUGAGGUUCAUUGAAACGGCGACUGUCGGAUAG